AUGCUCUCAGAAUGCUUCAUCGCGUCGACCUUGGCGUCCGCGAAGACCCCUGCCUCGGCGUCACUCAGAGACGUGGGCAUUUGUCUUCAUGAACUCCAACCGUCGGCUACCCUACGCUCAACCUUUAAGAGGAGCUCAACCGCCCCGAAUUGUCUGGCUGUGACGGCGUCGCACAUAUUCGCGGCGCAAUCAGAAAAGGCAACCGUGCACGUUUAUAGUAGGGAUAAGGGAAAUCAAGAAGCUACAGUUCCAUUCCAUGAGCGCAUUCGCAGCAUCGCGGUUGUUGGGUCUAAGAAUGGCGACAUUGUGGUUCUGGGAACAGAGGGGGGUCGCUUGAUUCUAUGGGAGGUCUGCACGGGACGCCAAGUCGUUACAACCGCAUCGCAUCUACGACCCGUCACAGCUGUCGCGGUUGAUCCCACCUCCAAUUUUAUUCUUUCCGGCUCCGCGGAUGCCACCAUCCACGUAUGGUCCUUGGUAGAUCUUCUUUCUUUCACAAAACCUCCAUCCGGCCGCGAAAGGCAACCCCCGAACUCGCCUCUCCGCACAUUCUCGAACCACCGCGCCGCCGUUACCGCAAUCGCAGUGGGACACAGCACCGGUAGAUACAAUAUCGUGGUCUCUACAGCUCAGGAUAAUACUGCCAUUGCUUGGGACUAUCAGACCGGUCAUGUCCUGCGGAAUUUCCUCCUGCCGGCUAACGCCGUCUCUCUUUCGCUUGACCCGGUUGACCGAGCCUUUUACGUCGGCUAUGAGGAUGGAAGCUUGCAGUCGGUAGACUUUUACAAGGACCAAUCUGUUCAGCACCCUCUUCAUGAUCCUUCUUUACAAACGACCCCGGCCCAGAUACCCGCUGAAGAACGUUGGCUCCCUCCUUCCGCCGAUAGCGGUGCCGCGCAUACCUUGACACUUUCUUACGAUGGCAUGGUCUUGCUUUCCGGCCAUGAAAAUGGGAAAGUCUAUUCCUGGAAUGUCGGGCGGCGGAAAUACGCCUCAACAAUAGCCGACUUGACACAUCCAGUCACGAACGUCAUCAUGCAGCCUCUCAGUGGGCUGUAUCAGCAGGCCGCUAGUUUGAAGAGAGUAUCACAUACUAUCGUUAAACCCAGAUUCGACCAUUCUCUAUCCGAAAACUCCCAAUUUGCGGGAACGAUUCCUGCCGACUACGAAUUCAAUACCCACAUUCUACCUGACGCGACGUCCGCAGGGCCAGACUGGUUCAUGAAUGCAUUUUCUAAUGCCUCCUUCCCAACAUCAAUGCUGGAACAGGGCCUAGCUGAGCUUGCUACUGUGGGCCAGCCAGCGUCGGCUGCUACAGCCACAUCUUCGAACGUUGCAAUGGACAUUGAUGACUCUGCGAAGGAUUCCCAGAUUGCUGAUUUGGAGAGCGAAAUCGCCAAUUUGAAACAAAAGGUCUCGGUAAGCCAAAUCGCUCGUCAGGUUACUAUCGAAGAAGUAACCAAAUUGCGAUCGGACCUGGCCAAUCUCCAUGAUUAUAUCAACGAGCUCCAAGAGAAACAGGAGCAGUCACACCGAGAGAAAAUUCAGCGUGAAGCCCGCAAGGAGGAGCGGGCAGCUCGACGACGAGAGGCCUGGUUCGCUGCGGAGAAGAAAGGGAAGAACGGAGAUACAGCGCUCCGUCGCCUAGAUGUUGAAGAAGGUUCUGAAACAAGUGGCACUGACGAUCAUAGUAGCGACGAGUGA